CCCAAUUCACCCAAGGCAAGAGAAAAAAAAAUACUGCUGCGCGCACGGUUCCUGUUACCUCAGAGUAAUACGGUAACAGCAGGAGAUUACGGUACUAGCUGGGGCUACUGACUGUGUUACGUCAGCGAGAGCUGCAAAGUUCCUUGCCAUUCUUUGCUGAUGUUGGGGAGCUGAAUAUUAAAAGGGUGAAGGUGGAGUUAUUGCCUAGCUGUAUUUGGUUGUUUGUUUGGUUUUUUUUUUCUAUUUUCUCUCUUUAUUUUUAAAAUCUCCAGGUAAAACGUCUGUUAGACAGGAGCUUAAAGACGUCUGUGGUAGAGAAAGGGGUGAGUCAGCGGGUGCAAAAGGACUAGGAAUUGGUUCGUCGGAAACGGUCCCCUCUCCCCCGAGGGAGGAGGCGGCAGGGCUGCUCCUGGGACCGAAAGCCCGUCCAGUCCCCGCCACGCGCGCGCGAGUGGCUCUGCGUCCGCGCUCCAGGAGGACGCUGGCAAACGACGCUCCGCAGCCGCCUCGGUCUUGGCAAACAUUUCACAUCCACGUCCCCCGGCCUGCGCGCCUAGAAGCUGGAUCUACCAUGAGUCCAGCCACACUGAGGGUAACUGCGGGUGGGGAGAAGUGCCCAGAUGCCAAGGGUCCCCGCCUUUGAGAGUCGACGGCAGACCCGUCCGUGCUUGUGGCUUGUGGGAGAGACAGGCGCUGGAUAUUUGAAUUCCAAAUUAUGUGCAGAAUGCUCAAUCUUCACACCCGGACGGAUCCGACAUUGCAGGAAAGGGGACUCGCGUAAUUCUGGGACUGCAUUUUGCAUCGCGCCUCCUCGAGCUCUGUGCUGAGUCUCGCGUAGGGAGGGAGUUGGGGCCCCGGGCCAGCGUUGCUGGUGGAGAGGGUCGGCGGGCAGCCCCGCGCGCCCCUGACCAUGUUGCCUUUAAUGCCCUGCCCCUUUGCGUGGCCUUCUGAGGGUUUCCAGGGCUGGCCCGGGUUGCUUCCCACCCGUACGCUCUCUCUUACCCCCAGACAACCCCAGCAGGCAAGGCUCCCCGGAGCGGAGACCUUUUGACUGCCCCCCCACCCCGCUCCCUCGCUCCCACCUCCGCCCAGGUCCGGCGUGGCCCUCAAGAGCCGGAACUCGCCCGGCCCCGGCUGGGACCAUGGUGUUUCUCCCUGGAAAUGCCUCGGACAGCUCCAACUGCACCCACCCGCCGCCACCGGCGAACAUUUCCAAGGCCAUUCUGCUCGGGGUGAUCUUGGGGGGCCUCAUCCUUUUCGGGGUACUGGGAAACAUCCUUGUGAUCCUUUCCGUGGCCUGCCACCGGCAUCUGCACUCGGUCACUCACUACUACAUCGUCAACCUGGCGGUGGCCGACCUUCUACUCACUUCCACGGUGCUGCCCUUCUCCGCAAUCUUCGAGAUCUUGGGCUACUGGGCCUUUGGCAGGGUCUUCUGCAAUAUCUGGGCGGCGGUGGACGUCCUGUGCUGCACGGCGUCCAUCAUGGGACUCUGCAUCAUCUCCAUCGACCGCUACAUCGGCGUGAGCUACCCGCUGCGCUACCCCACCAUCGUCACGCAGAAGAGGGGUCUCAUGGCUCUGCUCUGCGUCUGGGCGCUCUCUCUGGUCAUCUCCAUCGGGCCUCUGUUCGGCUGGAGGCAGCCGGCCCCCGAGGACGAGACCAUCUGCCAGAUCAAUGAGGAGCCGGGCUACGUGCUCUUCUCCGCGCUCGGCUCCUUCUACGUGCCGCUGACCAUCAUCCUCGUCAUGUACUGCCGGGUCUACGUGGUGGCCAAGAGGGAGAGCCGGGGCCUCAAGUCCGGCCUCAAGACCCACAAGUCGGACUCGGAGCGGGUGACGCUCCGCAUCCAUCGCAAAAAUGCCCCGGUAGGAGGCAGCGGGGUGCCCAGCGCCAAGAACAAGACACACUUCUCCGUGAGACUCCUCAAGUUUUCCCGGGAGAAGAAAGCGGCCAAAACACUGGGUAUCGUGGUCGGCUGCUUCGUCCUCUGCUGGCUGCCUUUUUUCUUAGUGAUGCCCAUUGGGUCUUUCUUUCCUGAUUUCAGGCCCUCAGAAACAGUUUUUAAAAUAGCAUUUUGGCUCGGAUACCUAAACAGCUGCAUCAACCCCAUUAUAUACCCAUGCUCCAGUCAAGAGUUUAAAAAGGCCUUUCAGAAUGUCUUGAGAAUCCAGUGUCUGAGCCGAAAGCACUCUUCCAAACAUGCCCUGGGCUAUACUCUGCACCCACCCAGCCAUGCCCUGGAGGGACAGCACAAGGACCUGGUGCGCAUUCCGGUGGGAUCCGGAGAGACCUUCUAUAAGAUCUCCAAGACGGAUGGGGUCUGUGAAUGGAAAUUUUUCUCUUCCCUGCCCCGUGGAUCUGCCAGGAUUACAGUGCCCAAAGACCAAUCAGCCUGCACCACUGCCCGGGACUUUUAACCAUGAAACUACCUGCACACAGCUCCGGUCGAGCCCGCUUGGAACACUGUUGGCCCCAUGCUCCUUGUCUACAAACUGUGCUGAGGAGCAGGGCUGAGCCCAGGCUGCUGUGGGGUCCACCAUCUUCAAAAAGCAAUGGCAGCAAUGGCCUCUGGUCCUCCAAAGUCCCUGCAAGAUGAGUGAGUGAAGAUGACUGUUGUGGGUUUGGGCUGGCGAAAGCCAGCUGGGAUUUGAGCAGAGGACACCAGCCCUGGCCAGUGAUCCCAUCAGCAUUACCUCUUUCAUACUUCCCCAGACCCAAAUGUCAUGGGGGCUGAGGAUGGACCUUGUCUGUUCUGUAUAGGAAAAUGUCACUUCUUUGCUACUGCAACACGGACUACUGAGUCUCCCACCUAAAAGGAAGGUCAUGACAUUGGAAGGGGGCUGUUGAGGAGGAAGAAGACUGUGGACAUUGCUCAGAGCUGUUCGGUAAUGCGUUGAAGCAACUGAUAAACAAGGAACUUCCCUAAAGCUGAUGCUUAUUCAUUUCCAAAGACAAAAUAGUUGUCCUUCUUAUACUUGUGGCUCAGGAGUUACUACAGUACUUUCCAUCCAUAUCACAGUCAACGUUGCACGUUAUGAGCUGGAAAUGAUUAUUGCGAAACUAUAAGAAAUACAUACUUAAUUAGGUAAAAAAAAAAAUCUAAGAGCAAAUUAAUACUAUAUUUGGCAGGGAAAAAAAUAAUGAAGGCACUGACCUAUUAAAAAACCUGAAUAUAGUAGUUUCAUUCCGAUGUGAUAGAAAAGAAGCUACAGAAAAUCCCAACAUGAGUUUAGUAUUUUCUUCUAUUUAUAUAAUAUUUCAUACGGGUCCAAAGUACUUUUGUCUAUCUCGAGUUAUCCCUAUGAGGCAGAAGGAGAAGGAAGGAAUUAUUAUCUUUACCUAGCAUAUGAAAAAACAAGGGGAAAGGUGACGUGAGGUUUAAGGAUUUCUUUGAAUAUCUUCAAAUCCAGCCUUUGACUUCUUUUUCCAUGAUGCUUUCAAUAUCCCCAAGGUCCACUGCAUUUCUCGAGACUCUGACAUUUACAUUUCACUCACUCACCUCUUGAACCGUAUUUUCAGCUCUAUUUGUACCUUCUCUCCUGCUGUAUCUCUGCCAGCGGCUGGGCCGAUCAAGAUUGUUCUAGGGGCUGAGUGCAUAUUUGUCUAGGGUUCUCUCACUGGCUAAAAGACAAGCAGAUGUAAUUCCGUUCUUUCUCCUUAGAUAGGCAGCAAGAGCUAAGGAAAUAAGCAAGGCGGGGGGCUCUUGGGUUGCUCAACGGGGUGACGUGUAAGGCAAACCCAGCAGUGAUUGACACCUUAAGGGCUUCAGGAAAGGUCCCAGAGAGAGAGUUUCGGGAAUGUUUGUUUUCCAGUGAGAACUGUAUACACCCCGAUCAUCACCAUCAGCAAGCUGUUCACUUCUUCUCUUGCACCAGGUGCCGCACUUGGCACAAAAAAAUACAGAAAGGCACAGACAGUCCCCAGCUUGUGAUCUGGGUGUGUUCCAAGCUCAUCUGUUGCAUUUUUCCAAGAGGCAUUGUUUUAAACGGGGACGGGGAAGGAUGUUCCCAGAUGAACCAAAAAAUAAAAAUCUAUUUAACGUACACCAGGGAUUGGCAAACUUUUUCUGCAAAUGGCUAGACAGUAGAUAUUUUAGGCAUUGUGGGCCAUACGGUCUAUUACACACUCUUCUUUGUUUGAAUUUUUUUAUUUUUUUGGGAAACCCUCUAAAAAUGUAGAAACCAUUCUUAGUUCACAGGCUAUACCAAAAAAUAGGCCAUGGGCCAGAUUGAGCCCAUGGGCCACAAUUUACCAUCCUUGAUCUCUGCUAUUACUAGUUUACAGUGUAGUACAAAUAAUGCUAAGCAGUGGACUUAGGUGUUCAACAUACAAGCUUCUUUUUUUUUUUUUUUUUUUUUAAUAUUCCAUUGCCACAUCUACACUUGACUACAUUAACAUUCCCAAAUGGUAUGAGUUGUUAGGUAAAGUGACAAGUUCAUAUUCAGGGCUGGCUCCUGCCCCAUAUGACCCGCCCACCGAAAAGAUAACUUAAGUAUGGCAUUGUGAUUUUCAGUCCCCCCUCCCACUGCUGUAUUCUGCAGAACAAGCAGGUCAGCAGAAGCCCAGGGGCAUCCACGGGGGUCUUUCGGCCCUUCCCCUCACUGGCAAAAUGCCCCAGCGCCAUCUGGCCAACUCGGAGAGAAGCAACAGCCGAUCAGAGCCAUUUGACGAGGUCGAUGUGAAAUCCCUCCCAGCCCCGCUGCUGAAGGGAGGUCCCCCGAGGCUUUAGGGGCCACACUUGGCUCCUUGGGAAGGCCUCCUCACCACGGCGCAGGCACCCGGGCACCUGAGGGUCUGCCCUGGAGCUCGUGGGGACCUGGGGUCCGAGGAGGUGCCGGACGGGAGGACAGCAGCCGCAAGACCAGUGCUAGUUACCAGCAGGCGCUCUCCUCUGCCUCCUUCUCUUGUUCUUCUCUCCCUUUUUGUUUAAGUCUGAAAUGACCUAACUAGCCUCGAAAUGGCGUUACUAUGGGGAACAUAUUUAGACCUCCCCUGGGAUGACGGAGCCAUAUUUCUCUGAGCUGGGCGCUUUGGGGGCGGGGCUUCCUUCCCGUCCCCUCCCAGUUCUGAUGGGCAGUCAAGCGAGGAAGGCUGUCCCAGCUGGGAACAACGUGUGCCAGUUCCCUUGGCCCAGGA